AGAAAAAAAGAAAAAAGAAAAAGAAAAGAAAUCAGCACAUAUUUGCUUGACGGUUUCCUCCCGGCCUGUUUAUUUAAUCUGACUGUAUGAUAGAUGGCAUCAGAUAGUGGCUUUGUACACACUAGGCCAUUCUGGAUUUUUUUUUAAUGGAUCAACAAACUCAGAGGGGAAAGCUGGAUAAAUACAGUGCCGCCCCUUUAAAUGAGUGGGGAUGUUUUUGAGAUGUAUUACUAUAUUAGGUGACAUGGAACUUUGCAUCUCUCAUACCAUCACUGCAAUGUUGGCCAAUAGAAAGCUAAAGUCACCCAAAAACUGCCUAGUCCCUCCUUCCCCUCCCUUAUGGUCUGGUCCUACCUGCUUUCAGUGCACAAGUCAAGGCUAAUCGCGGGAAUGCUAUGUGCCCCCUCCGUGAGCUCACGCUCCACCACUGCUCCAGGUUGGCUGCUCCUCAUCUGCUUUCCCAUGACCCUGGGCUGCGGCCGCUGCCCUGCUCUCCUCCGCAAUGUUUCCUAGCCCUGUGACAACGACACCCUUCUCGGUCAAGGAUAUUUUGAACCUGGAGCAGCAUCAGAGCGGCCUGGCGCCCAUGGAGCUCUCGGCGCUGUCCUCGCCCUCUUGCAUGCUCUCCACCUUCAAGCAGGAGACGUACAGCGCCGAGCCCCCAGCCCUGCCCGAGCUCCGGGAGGAGCUGCCCGAAGCGCACCCUGCCAAAAGCGCCUUCCCCAGCUCCUACUAUGUUAAAAGCUACGUGGAAAUGGACUCGGCCAAGGACUCCAAGGCAGACAAGAAAGAACUGUGUUCCCUGCAUAAGAGCUUGGAGCAGGAGAAAAGAGACCUGGAAGAUCCCGAGCGCCCCAGACAAAGGAAGAGGAGGAAACCUCGCGUGCUCUUUUCUCAAGCCCAAGUCUACGAACUGGAGAGAAGGUUCAAGCAGCAGAAGUAUCUCUCGGCCCCCGAGAGAGACCAUCUAGCAAACGUCCUAAAGCUCACCUCUACCCAAGUUAAAAUUUGGUUCCAGAAUAGAAGGUAUAAAUGCAAAAGGCAGAGACAGGAUCAGACCCUCGAAAUGGUGGGGAUCCCGCCGCCCCGGCGGAUAGCGGUGCCUGUCCUGGUGCGCGAUGGGAAGCCCUGCUUAGGGGAGUCUUCUCCCUACAGUUCGCCGUACAAUGUCAGCAUUAACCCCUACAGCUACAACGCCUACCCCGCGUACACCAACUACAACAGCCCCGCCUGCAAUGCCAACUACAACUGCAACUACCCCUCCAUGCAGACCAUGCAGCCCCCCGCGGCCGCCAACAACUUCAUGAACUUCGGGGUAGGGGACUUGAAUCCAGUGCAGACGCCCAUCCCACAGGGCAACGCGGGCAUUUCCACGCUGCACGGGAUCCGCGCCUGGUAGAGCGCGCCGCGCUCCGCGCCCGUGCGCGCCCCGCGGCGCUGGCGGGGCUCGGACUCGGCGUGCAGCGGGCGGGCGGGCGGGCGACACCGGCGAGCCGGUGCUGGGACAUUUGCAGACCGCAGGGAGGAUGAGGAGGACAGGUCAAUGUAGUAUCCUAGCGGAAUUCACUAGCGUGGUGCCCGUUUCCAGCCAGGAGAAAGGCCCGGAGCGUUUCGGGCAGCGGCUCUGCUCCGCGGGAGCCGAGGCAGGCACAGCCUCGGGGACGGCCGCAGGGGAAGCUCGGCGCUGCGGGGAGCCCCGACCUGCGCGGCCGGCCCCGCACACCGCCUGGCCCCUCGCGGCUCCCCCGUCCGUGGGGGUCUCUCCCCCGGUCAUUCCCCUCCCACCGUCUUCCCAAGCAGCCCGUCGUUUUGCUUGACUCGUUCCGAAUAACUGACAAGUGUAAGCCAAGCCCUGCGAACUUUUUUUUUCUACUAUAAUAAUUAUUAUUGUUGAGAUUCACGUUUAAUUUUUGCACUUCCCGUACCGUCACUUCUAUCCGGCCAGUUAAGUGUCUCGCAGCCCCUAGGUCUCCCCUUGCCGGGCUGGCGGCGCCGGCCUUCGCCUGGGUGCUGCACCCGGAGGCGCCCUGUGCCGCUGCCCGGAGCGGGAGAGGACACGGCGGCAGCUCCAGCGAGCGCACGGGCGAGGACAGACCCCCGCCCCGGCCGAGGAGUUCAGACCCCCCCUGACAUGCCAGGUCCCUGUAGGGUUAUGCACUAAAACGUGAGUUAGCAUUGAAAUGCACUGUCUGCUCCUUGCCCCGCCGCCCCUUCGUAUGUGUUUCCCUUUGCUGUACAAGCUGAUGGAGAUCAGCGAUUUUGUCAUUAAAGAGAGUGGCUUAACA